UAGACCCAGGGUGGGUCACACGGGUACAGGUGCAAGUUGGCCCGAGGAGUACCGCUGAGACGGUUCGAUCAUGGGCCCGAGGAGCGGCCUUGGAGGCCUGCUAGUCUCUCUCCUUGCCGUUAGCUGUGCAGUUGUUUCCGGGGACCCCUGUGUUCCGAACCCCUGCGACCCCGAUAACGGCCACUGCAGACAGGUUGGCUGGGACUACAGAUGUGUGUGCCGGCCAGGAUUCCGGCUCAUGCCCGACGGCUUGUCCUGUUUCCCCGACUCCCUUACUGGCAGUAAUCCAUGUGCUCCAAACCCCUGCGACCCAACCCACGGCCAGUGUGUCCAGGAGGCGGGUAACUACAGAUGUAUCUGUAGGCGGGAUUAUCAGUUGAUGUCGGACGGUCGGACAUGUGCUCCACUCACUCUCGAGCUAUCUCAACCUGUUUUAGCUGAAGAGGACCACGAUCAUGACCAUGACCAUGACCGUGACCAUGGUCACGACCCCUGUUCGCCAAACCCCUGUGACCCAGCUAACGGACAGUGUGUAGAAGAACGAGGGACCUACAGAUGUAUCUGUAGACCGGGGUUUCAGUUGAUGUCGGACGGCCGGACGUGUACCCCAGUCUCUCCUGUUGUGGACGGCCAUGACCAUGGCCAUGACCAAGGACACGACCCCUGUUCUCCAAACCCCUGUGACCCAGCUAACGGCCAGUGUGUAGAAGAAGGAGACAACUACAGAUGUAUCUGUAGACGGGGGUAUCGUCUGGAGUCGGACGGUCGGACGUGUGCUCCAGAAGCCCUUGUUCCUAGCACCCCGUGUUCUCCAAACCCCUGCGAUCCACAUUAUGGCCGAUGUGUCGAAGACGGGAGGAACUACCGCUGCGUCUGUAACCCAGGCUUCGAGUUGAUGCCGGACGGCCGGAGGUGCAUCGGGGUUGGCCCUGUUGUGGACGGCCAUGACGGACACGACCCCUGUUCACCAAACCCAUGUGACCCAGUUAACGGCCAGUGUGUAGAAGAGGGAGACAACUACAGAUGUAUCUGUAGACGGGGGUAUCUUCUGGAGUCGGACGGUCGGACGUGUACUCGAGUUCCAGUCGCCCCUGCUCUUAUCAACGACCCCUGCUCUCCAAGCCCCUGUGACCAAACUAACGGUCUAUGUGUGGAUGAGGGAGGGUACCACAGAUGUAUCUGUAGACCGGGCUUUCAGCUAUUGUCGGACGGCCGGACAUGUGUCCCUAUCGCCCUAUCACAGCCUGACCCUCCCCGGAGAGGUGACCAAGGGGAGGUUGAUAUCAACAAUGGAAAUGACUGUGGAGAUUAUAGCUGCUGUGGUUCCCAAUGUGUUGGACAGCCUGGGCCCAGGGGUCAUCCGGGGUCACGGGGUCCUCAAGGGUUCCCUGGACCAGAGGGUGUGCAAGGGGAAACUGGAGCUCCAGGUUUACGAGGCUCUCCAGGGGACCAAGGAGCAAAGGGAACAGCUGGUGAUCCUGGACCCAGGGGACCACAGGGAGUUGUAGGACCUGCUGGUCCUGCCGGCCCCCGCGGUAUCCAGGGAGACAAGGGUGGUAAAGGAACGGCAGGGGCACGUGGACUGACUGGGGAGAAGGGGCUGAGGGGUUCACAAGGCCUCCCUGGAAUGACUGGCGAACCUGGGUUGCCAGGAAAUGCAGGCCCUAUGGGAAUGCCAGGAUUAUGUGGUCCAAAAGGAGAUCCAGGGUUACCGGGCCCUCCUGGAACUGGAACUGCAUCUGAAGGCCCACCAGGCCCAUCCGGCCCCCCUGGGUUCCCUGGUCCUGCUGGCCCGAGGGGUCCUCCUGGGAUCCCUGGUGAUGCCGUCUAUGGGACUAAGGGAGAACCAGGUCUGCCUGGGGCACCUGGGGUGAGAGGUCCCCCAGGUGGACCAGGUGGACCGGGUGGACCAGGAAGAGAUGGAAUACCAGGUUCCCCAGGACCUAAAGGUGAACUUGGAGUCCCAGGAUUUCCAGGUCCAGCAGGUUCACCAGGAGACAGGGGAGACCCGGGAUUUCCAGGUCCAAAAGGUGAUUCAGGCACUGCAGUUGGUGUACCUGGGCCACCUGGCCGACCUGGGCCACAAGGACCGUUAGGACCCCCAGGUUUUUCUGGACCAAAAGGGGAAUUUGGCCCACCAGGACCACCCGGUGCACCUGGCCCACAGGGAAGUGGUUUCCCUGGCCCUCCUGGACCCCCAGGACCUGAAGGUUCCCGAGGGCCCCCAGGUGGUCCAGGGUUUCCAGGCCCAAAGGGAGAGGCUGGUAUAGGGUUCCCAGGACCAUCCGGCUUCCCAGGCCCCCAGGGAGAUCGAGGACCACCAGGACCAUCAGGAUCAGACGGAGAGGGAGGAUACCGCACCUUCAAUCUGAUGACACGUCACAGCCAGACCACCAUGGUGCCGCAGUGUCUGCCGGGAAUGACAAAGAUGUGGGAGGGGUACAGUCUGCUUCACGGAGAGGGGAACGAGAGAGCUCAUGGACAGGACCUCGGUACUGCCGGCUCCUGUGUGAGGGCCUUUGCUCCCAUGCCCUUCAUGUUCUGUGACAUCAACUUCCAAUGUCACUACGCCACUCGUGAUGACAAGACCUACUGGUUAUCCACCGUCUCAACGCGGGCCGAGAUCCCAGACAGCCCGGUGCAGGGCAUUGAUGUCCUCCGUUUUAUCUCCCGCUGCGUGGUGUGCGAGGUUCCGUCUACCGUCAUGGCGUUCCACAGUCAGAGCUCCGACAUUCCCGAAUGUCCCCUCCCCACACGGGACCAUAGGUGGGAAUCAUUGUGGGAAGGAUUCAGCUUCUUCAUGCACACAGCUGCUGGAGAGGGCAGUGGUCAGAUCUUCUCCAGCCCAGGCAGCUGUCUGGAGAGGUUCCGCCCCGCCCCCUUCAUCGAGUGUCACGGAGCCCGGGGGACCUGCGGAUUCUUCGCCAACAAGUUCAGCUUUUGGCUGGCGUCUGUUCCCAGAGAUUACAACCCUAACCAGAACCGUGACCCGUACGAGCCGCGGGACGGGCCGUGUCAGGAGAUGAUCCGCACACAGACAGCGCGGACAGAGAUGGAGAGGAUGGUCGGCCGCUGCCGCGUCUGUAUGCUGAUAACCGACCAGAUCGAGUACUCUAUCAGAGAGGCCGGGCCCCAGAUCGGUGCCGUGCCAGGUUACUACCCCAGACAGCCGCUAGGCUAGAUAACUUCUCUGUAAUCAUGUAGCUCUCUCGUACAUCUUUAUAAUCAUUGUUAGGAUAUCGAGGGAUUAGCAAACAUAAAUACCAGAUUGUUCACUGAAUUGUAGUGAUUUUGUUUCCCUAGAUUCCUUCCUGUACUAGUCUUAGUGAUAUCUUUAAAGGUCGAGGUAAAAUAGCAUACAAAGAACCAUGGUGAUAAGUUUCAUAGGACAAGUCACAUGUUAGACAAGUGGUGCUAUAAACCAAGGAUACAAGUCAGUGACUGCCAAACCACCCUGAAAAAGUGUUAUACACUUUUAGAAUAGUCUAUGAAGGUAAGGAAUACAAUACACAAAUAGUCUUCCAAGCACAAUAUUACCUCCUAGUACAACACAGUAUAGUCACAUACACCUAUUAAAAACCCUAAAUAACUAAGUUAAAUGUUCUUUGGGCUAAAAGAGAUAUCCCCAACAAAUUAUGAUACCUUCCCAAGAACUAACCCAAUAACUGUCUCUGACUACUACAGAUCCUUUCACCUUAAUGUAUAAAGUCGUAUACCUCAAGUUGUGGUCUUAAUACUAGGCUCUGUAGCAAGCUUUGGCUUUUUUUUUGCUUAUUCUGUUUUUUUUCCUGAUUGUAUAACCUCCUUGGUUAUUCUGGUAGCUGCUGAUUUUCUGGCAACUGUUGGAAAACUGGUGGCUACCAGAAUACCAUAUACAACAGAAAACAGAACAUAAUAACCAAAAAAUAAAGCCAGGAUGAAGGAAGUAAAUUUACCAACAUUUCCAUCCAUACUAAUGCUAUGUUCUUAUACAGGUCUGUGAUUUCAUAGCAUGUACAAAGGUCUUAAUUCGAGGGAGUUGUUUUUAAUUACAUUAUCUCUCGUUUUAUCCCAAAGAAUGUGACAUGGUGCUCUUCAUAGCCUCUGAAAAUACUGGUACAUUGCUAGGCUAGUA